AGAAAUAUAGAUACAUUAUUUUUUCUUUGAAAAUGACAAAUAUCCAAAAUAGAAUUCAAGCUAUUAAGCAACAGCUUACACCAGAGCAAGAAUAUGCCAUUGCUAUUGAUCCUAUUGCUAGUAUGAAUGAAGAAAGGGCGAAAGCAAGUUUUGAUAUUCGGUCUUUAACAUUUUUGAUGGAUGGUGGAUCUAAAAUGACCGAGUUGAAAGAAAGAAUCAUGCUGGAGUUAGAAAGAGAUCCUCUGUUUAAAAUGGAUGAUAUUCAUGAUAUUUCUAAAGCAGAGCUUCGAGAACGUACAAUGGAAAAGUUUCGUAGUCUGUUAUAUCAUCUUCAAAACGAAUCUGUUGAAACAUUUAAAAAGAGAAUGGAAAUUGUUAGUUUAAUUGAUCCUGGUUUUUGGACUCGAUUUGGUGUUCAUUAUGGAUUAUUUAUUGGCGCUUUGCAGAGUAACGCUUCAUCGGGACAGUUAGGUUAUUGGUUUCAGAAAGGUGCUCUCUCUCUCACAAACUUUGUUGGUUGCUUUGCUAUGACAGAAUUAGGACAUGGUUCUAAUGUUCCAGGACUUGAAACAACAGCUAUAUUUGAUGAAGCUUCAGAUCAAUUUAUUAUUCAUACACCUACAAUCACGGCUACAAAGUGGUGGAUUGGUGGUGCUGCACAUUCAGCUACUCACGCUGCAGUCUUUGCACAAUUAAUAGUUAAAGGAAAAAGAUAUGGUACAAAGUGUUUUAUUGUCCCAUUAAGAGACCCUAAAACGUAUGAUUUAUUACCUGGAGUCAAUAUUGGUGACAUUGGUAAAAAGAUGGGUAGAGAUGGUAUUGACAAUGGUUGGAUUCAAUUCACAAAUGUUAGAAUUCCUCGAGGAUAUAUGCUUCAAAAGCAUACAAAAGUCUCAAGAAUAGGUCAAGUAAAAGAGCCGAAACUCCAACAAUUGACAUAUGGCGCACUUUUGCAAGGUCGUGUUACGAUGGUUGCAGAUAGUGGUCAUUUCUCUAAAAAGGCCCUUACGAUUGCAAUUCGGUAUGCUGCUGUACGUCGUCAAUUUGCUAGCUCAAAUGCAAAUGGCAUUGAAACUAAACUUUUAGAUUAUCCCAUUCAUCAACGUCGCUUGAUGCCCCUAUUGGCUCAAACUUUUGCCAUGCUUUUCACAGGCACAGAAAUGACAGAGAUGUAUAAUCAGAUGAUGGUCAGAUUAGAGAGUGCAAAGGAAAAUGAUCCAGAUAUGGAUGAAGUCAUGGAGAUCCUUAAAGAAACUCAUUCAACAAGUGCUGGUUUAAAGGCGUUCUGUACCUGGAAUUGUUUGAAUACAAUUGAGGCUUGCCGACAAGCCUGUGGUGGUCACGGAUAUUCAGCUUAUACAGGAUUGGCCCAAAUGUAUCAGGAUUUUGCUGUUCAAUGUACAUGGGAGGGUGAUAAUACAAUCUUGACUCUUCAGCUGGGCCGCUAUCUUAUCAGUAGUUAUCGAGAAGCUCUUAAAGGUAAAAAACUUUCUCCUGGUGUUGGUUAUUUGAAUAAAUUGGAUCAAUUGAUUGGCAAGAAAUGUCAAGCCAAGGCACCUCAAGAUAUCUUAACUCCUGAUAUCAUUAUUGAAGGUUGGCAAGUUGUAUGUGCCAAUGUAGUUAAAAAUGCUGGACUUGAGUUUGAAGAAUGUCUAAAGAAAGGGAUGGAUGUUGAUGAUGCUUAUGAACAAUGCUCUCAAUCUCGUCUUUAUGCAGCUAAAUUACAUUCGUUUAGUUAUCUUUUCAAUCGUUUUGCCGAUGGUGUUUCCAAAGUUACAGGGAAUAUUUAUGAUGUUCUUACUAAAGUUUGUCUUUUAUACGGUCUUUAUUCUAUUGAGGAGAAUGCUGCAGCUUUCUUGGAAUAUGAAUACUUCACACCUAAACAAAUCGAGUUCAUUCGUAGUAAGGUUAAUACCUUCUGUAAGGAUGUUCGUGAUCAAGCAAUUCCUUUAGUGGAUUCAUUUAAUUUGACCGAUUAUAUCAUUAACAGCCCCUUAGGUCGUAAAGAUGGUAAUGUUUAUGUUCAUUACUUUGAUCAGGUUAAGCGUUCAAACCCUCAGGGUAAACAUCCCUAUUUUGAUCGUCUUAUCAAACCAUUAAUUGGACGUGUUAUGUCUGAAGAGGAUAUUGAAGAUGAGGAGGCUGGCUUAGAAUCAGAAGAUGAAGAUGAAUAAAUAAAUAAAUAAAUAAAUACUAUAAAUAAAUGAUAGUUUUAUUAAUUUAAC